GUGGUGAUCAGUUCUUUGUUGCGAGGCACGCAUGCGCUACCGAGGGUUUAUUACAGCGCGAGAGCUCCGCGCGGAGGAGUCAAGAUGACGGAAAGGAUUCGCUGCGCGUUGAGUAUCAUUGCCAGGUGCCAAAGCCAGCCCAGUGAUUUUGCGGGAUUAUGUGUGGCAGAGCGCGACUAUCAGCCGGGAAAACGCUCUGAACAAUCAGAUGGACAGUCAGAUGGACAGUCGCAGGAAUACGAUGCGAUUGAAGUGCUUUGCCUCUCUGAGUCGAGGGAGCAGUCUCAUCCUAAAGGUAGCUACGUAGCUGUAAUAUAGGUAGAGGACGUGAAUCAUGGCAAGAAAACAAAAGGUGUUGAGGUUGUCUGUACCACUUCCUCGAAGAAGAUGAAAUUGACAGAAAAUAAUGAAACUCGUUGCGACCCCAACAUGUCUGAUAUUUUGAGGGUUGAUUUAAACGAACUUGAAGUGCGUGAUAUUGACGAGGAGAAAAAGAGAAAAUUUAAGGAAGCAGGACCAGUUGAACUUCUCUCCGGAUCGGAAGAAUCACAUCAGUCAUUUUUUCCACUGGCAGUGGAUGACUACUUUAUGACAGUAGCAAUACUGUCUAAAAGUCAUUCUUGUGAAGUAUGCUUUUAUUGUUCAUAAUAAUAGCUACACCUUAGGUUGAAGCUUCACGUGCAUUUAGCUAGUGCCUUGCAUUACUGUUGCUAACGAUCAUGAGUCAAUUUCCCCACUCUUCCACCUUAGGGUGAUUUCACUGGAGCUUGUAUUGUAUCCAAUGAUUCGCUUCAUGUAAUAAGCCUUGGAUACUGCAAAGAAGGGGCAAAAUCUCAUGCAGAGUUAAAAGCUCUACUGAAUGCCAAAGAUUCGCGAGUGGACCUGACAAAGUGCUCUCUCUACACUACCAAACCUCCAUGUUUUGAUUGCACCCAGGCCAUUCUUAAUGCUGGCAUCAGAGUUGUGGUAUAUGGAAAUGUUGGGAAAAAGAAGGCUUAAAGAGAAGAGGAUGUUGAAGACCUCGUCUAUAAAGCCAAAGCAUGUUUCAAGAAAUACAAGUGCUAUAUUCGGAUUCGUGAAGACAGAAAUGAAGUUUCUGAUAGAUAUUCCUGGAAAUGAAGUCAUUUUUAAAGAAUUGGAAUAUAAGAAAAAAGAUAAACAAGAUGAACCUGCAUGUGAAGAAGAACCGGGCACAACGGCCUUCCUACCGGGAUUUCUUUAUGGCAAUGGCAUUUUUAUCAAGCACAAGGUCCAAAGACAUCAAAUAUCAGAUUGGAGUCUGUCUAGUAACACCAGCUCCACAUCGUCUGGUUGCCCUAGGCUACAAUGGAAUGCCGGAUGGUCGUGGUUUCAAGGAUGACAAGAUGGACUGGGGCUCUGUCCAAUCUGAAUAUAAUUGUCAUGCAGAGGUGAACACCAUGAUUGCGGGAUACAGAAGAGAGGCAGACUUGUCAGCCUGUACUCUCUAUGUGACUCUCUCUCCUUGUCAUGACUGCUCUAAGCUGGUGGCUCAAUCUGGGAUCAAGAAUGUGGUGUUUGCACAAUAUUUCCAUAAUGGCAGGGAUAUGUUUGAAACUCUUGGACGACUACCAGAUAUGAAUAUCACGCGGUAUGAGUAUAUGGAGAGUGGGUACGGCAACAUUGCAAAAAUGACAAUAGAUCUGAAAGAUCUGUCAAUAAAAUUAGACGAGUCAAGUACGAUACCUCAGACCAAGUGGAAACCAGAAGAAGACGGUAAUCGAUGUCCCAUGUGUUUGUCCGGAGGUUACCAAAAACCUGACAAAGACGUGUGUCCCCUAUGUAACAAAAGUGUCCCUGAAAUUCCCGAACAAAAUACCAAGGGCCGACGAGAUGUAGAUUUUCCACUGGAUGACUACUUCAUGUCUCUAGCAGUGUUGGCUACAUGUCGAAGUGUUAUUUCUAAAAGAGUUGGUGCUUGUCUUGUCUAUAAAGAGCCACGUCGUGCCAUAAGUGUUGGUUACAAUGGAUACAUUGACGGCCUGUCAGAUGGAAAGAAGACAGAAUAUGUGUGCUGUGCAGAGUUCAAUGCAAUUGUGAGUGCCUACAGAUACCACGCAGACCUCACCUCUGCCACUCUAUACACCACUGGAGUUCCUUGUUCAAGAUGUGCCACAAAGAUUAUACAGUCUGGAAUCAAGACUGUAGUCCAUGGUGGCGAGGAAAACCCAAUGGAGCAAGAGCCUAGGGAGGUCUUCUACUGGGGAAAGGUUGCCACACUCAAGUACGAAUGCCAAACAAAGAAACCAAUCAUUGAGAUUGAUCUUCGAGGGCUAGUUGUUGACCAGAGAUAAGAUGGGGAGGGAGGGGGAGCGGGAUAAGAGAUGAGUAUUGGAAAUAUGGACGUCAAAACAUUUUAUACCCAUAUUUUUUU